AUGGUCAAAUGUGGAGCCUGUGGUCGCUACCUGCCGGAGACAGAUGAUAUUAUAUGUGACAAAUGUGAUGUAGCCUGUCAUCGAAGCUGUCUGAACCUGUCUCAGAAGACGAAGAUAUCAGAUUCAUGGAUGUUCCCUGCCUGUAAAAAUAAGAUUCCUCACACUGGAGACCAUUCCAAGUGCCAAGAAGUUGGUGACAGUAGUCCUACCCAUAAAGAUAUCAAUAUAGGUUUAGAAAUUCAUCUUUUUCGAAAUGAGCUUAGCGCUAUGAGGAAUGAGUUGAAGGAAGUGAGAGACAAUAUAACUAUGCUAAAGGAUACAGUUCUUGUGUGUAAUAAAAACCUGGAGAAAAUGGAUUGCAGAGUCACCAAGUUGGAAAAACUAUAUGAAGAACGUUUGAUUAAGUGCGACACUAAAACACUAGAGGACACGAUAAGUGAACUUCGAGGCCAACUUAAUGAGAGAGAUCAGGACCUCCUGGCCAAUGACCUGAAGAUAUCAGGAUUACCGGAGAAAAACAGUGAAAACCCUACCAAUACCGUGGUGCUAUGCGCUAAAAAGGUAGGUCUCGAUAUUGAUUUAACUUAA